GUACUGUCUCUUUAAGAGUCCAGAGAACGGGGGAUUGUUCAGUGAAGUUGUAUAGCGCUGUAUCGUUAGGAGUGAGACGGGAAGCAUGGCGUCGACACGAGCGCGUAAGAGAUCUUCUCCUCUCCAUAACGCGACACAUGACGUGCCGACAGAAGACAACGACACAUCGGCGUUAUUUCUAAAGUUAUCCGCUGCAGCUUUCUACGGACUCGCUUCUUUUCUCAUCGUCGUAGUUAACAAGAGUGUUCUCACCACGUACAGAUUCCCGUCCUCCUUAUCAGUGGGAAUUGGCCAAAUGUUGGCAACUGUUUUUGUUUUGAGAGGGUCGAAAACAUUGCACGUGAUAGAUUUUCCAGAUUUCGACAGAAGUGUGGUGCACAAGGUAUUUCCUCUCCCUUUACUCUAUGUGGGAAAUCAACUAACGGGCCUGUUUGGAACACAACAAGUCAAUCUGCCAAUGUUUACUGUGCUCAGAAGGUUCUCCAUUUUCUUCACAAUGCUGUUUGAGGGUUACCUGCUGAAAAAGACGUUUUCAUGGUCGAUUAAGGCAACGGUGUUCACCAUGAUCUUUGGAGCAUUUAUAGCUGCUAGUACAGAUUUAGCUUUUGACCUCCAAGGAUACAUUUUCAUUACACUUAACAACAUUCUAACUGCUGCUAAUGGGGCUUAUAUGAAACAAAAACUGGACUCCAAGGAACUGGGAAAAUACGGGCUGCUGUACUAUAAUGCUUUAUUGAUGAUCAUUCCCACUAUUGUUUUGGCAUACUUCACCGGAGACAUUCACAAAGCUUUGGAAUACGAUGGGUGGGCCGACCUUUUCUUUGUUUUCCAAUUUGUCUUGACGUGUGUCAUGGGGUUUAUUCUUAUGUACUCCAUUAUGUUAUGUACACAUUAUAACUCGGCUUUAACUACUACAAUUGUUGGCUGUAUCAAGAAUAUCUUGGUGACGUAUAUUGGGAUGGUGUUCGGUGGAGAUUAUAUCUUCACAUGGCUAAACUUCAUUGGCUUAAACAUCAGCAUUGCAGGCAGUCUCGUGUACUCCUACAUCACUUUCACUAAGGAACAAAAAAAAACAAGUUGAUGAAAUAAUCAGCAUCAAACGAUCACAAAAGAUGAAUGUCAACUUAUGAUGGUGGGAGUCAACAGUGGACAGACGCAGACAUGUUUCAUUGUGACACCAUUAUAACGAUGAAGCUCUCGAUCCCUUCAGCUUCAGUUCUGAAAGUAUUUUUAUUGUAAAUUUAUAUUUAAAAUUCUAAUUUGAAGCCAUAACCACAUGAGAUCAACUAGAAGUGACAAAAUGACGAAGGUACAGAAGUCUGUGACCUGAAUGCUAUUUAACAGCCAGAAUGAAUCAUCCUUCUGAAGGUUUUUGCACAUACAUUUCGAAAUUUUCGUAUAUGUUUUUUUCGUAUUUGGCGCACUUUUGUUCGGUGUCUCUGAAUUGUCAAAUUGCAUCUCAAAAUGCUUGAUACAGAUGUGAACAAUGCAGAAAAUCGAACUCCGUAUUUUUUUAUGACGAUCAAAAAUAUCGCAGGCAGUAUGUAAAUGUGAUUGACACAACGUGCGUAUUUAUUUUUUAACGUGUGGAAAUUUCGGACACAAUGUGCAAUGGCCUAAACCUUUAAAAACUAUUUAAUUAAAUCAUAAAUUACAAUAUAUGACCCUUGACCACAAAACUAGUAAGGAAUUUAUAUAUAAUCUGAAUGUUGAAUAAAUAUGCUUUCGGUUGAUGUAAGGUUUGAUAGGAUAGGACAAUAUUUGGCCGAGACACAACUAUUUGAAAAACUGGAAUCUGAGGUUGCAAAAAAAUCUAAAUAUUGAGAAAGUCGCCUUUAAAGUUGUCCAUCAGAGGCACUGUAGCAGACUACAGUCAAAGAGCGGCAAGUUUGUAGGCGUGUUUCCCAACAUUUUUGUUGCCAUUUCGCUGCAGGCUCAAAAAUAAAGUUUUGAUGUAAUCAUGGUAGGAAAUAAACAAAAUAUCAUGUAACACGAUCCUUACUUAAUACGAUAAUACAACAUUAAUUUUGCGAUUAUUUUAUUUAAAUAAAUGUAAUUUAUUUUUUGUCUAUUGCCACAAAUAUACCUGUGCUACUUAUAACUGGUUUUGUUGUCCGGGGUCACAAAUAUCAUCAGUUUACAGCGAUCAUCAGAGCUAUGGAGAUCAUUUUAGCGACAAAACGUAAUUCUCUAUUGAGAAAAUGAACGAUUUUUCUUCUGAAACUCAGAAGCACUUGAUUGUUAACAUUUGUUGACUGUUUAAUUUCAAUAUGCAUUAUUUCAGUAUUUUUGUAAUUAUUUUCAUAAAUUCUAUGAAGGUUGGUUUAAGGAUUAACAAUUAGAAAUUAAAAGAAAAGUUGUUGAAGGAACCUUGAAGAAUGUCCUCUGGUUUCGUUUCUUAUUGUCUUUACUGUAUUGUCACAGCCAUCGGUUUAAAGUAAAAAUGAAACUUUUUACACAGACAACAACUUUAUAUUAUCCAACUUAAAUUUACUCAAUAAACACAUA